AUGAAGCACAGCUUGAAAGACAUAGUACCUGGAAUGGAAUACGACAUCUCCCCUACUGCCCCACAACUCGAAGCUCUCAGCGAUAAUGCUAUCGAAACCUUUCGACUGGAAAUUACUGCAAUCCGAUCCAACCUGCUCAAGGCUUAUGCCAAAAUCACAAAACUGGACGAGGAAUGGAAUGCACUUCAGCAAGCCAGCCCCGAAGAGCAACAGGUACUCGCCGAUUACCUUAAAAAGUAUGGUGAUUAUCAUGUUACUGUUGCUGACGCUGUCAAACAGUUGGAAACUCUUGACGUUUUGCUGAAUUCCAUCGAUCAAGAAUUUACUCGCCGCCACCUCACUCUUUUAUCCAUUUCUUCUGAAACUCACACACCAGACGAAGAUCAACCUUGGAACCGAGGGACAAAUCUCCAUGUCCCCGCCAUUUCGCAACCCACCGAUGUUUCUCUUUUAAACUUUGUCGAUGCUUCCAUCCUCUCCAAACUUGAACUACCCACUUUCGAUGGAAAUCUUCUCGAUUAUCCCGAACUUCAAUCUCGAUUUGCUACCUUAGUCGGAAACAAAGUCCAACUGGACGACACUACCAAAUUUUCGCUUCUCAAAUCAUGUCUCCGAGGAAAAGCAUUGCAAGUCAUUCAAGGUUUAUCCAUGACCCCUGCCAACUAUAAGGUAGCGAUGGACAUUUUGCGAACUCAUUUCGAUGAUAAAGUCACACUCAAGCAUAUACUGUACACAAAGCUUGCAUCUCUACCACCGUGUGAUCCAGAGGGCCGCAAUCUUCUCCCUCUUUACAAUCAGAUGUUUUCGCUUGUGAGACAGUUCUCUAACGGUAAUGACGAUUCAACAGAGAAAGCUCUCGGUGCUCUUCUCCUCAACAAACUUCCUCCUCGUGUGAAAAGUCAAAUCUACGAUCAAACUCAAGAUGACCACAAUGUUUCACCGUUAGAAAUGCUUCACUCACGAGCAUAG